AUGGCCGCAGGUCGUCACCGUAGCCCGGCGUCCGACUUCACCCUCCAGGGCGACGCCUCGUUCGUCAUGCCCAGCUCGUCGACCACGACCUCGCGCCGGGUCUCCCCACCUGCGAGCACCUCCGGCGACGGCCCUCGCGCUCGUCGCCCAGCUCCCGUCCACGACGCCUCGGACCUCGACAUCCGCUUCGACAUGCCGCCGCCGUCACCGCCAGCAGCCGUCGCCGCCGUCCGCAAGGUGACGCCCGAGCCCGACUUUGCCUUCCCGACCGUCACCUCUGCCGCCUACUCGCCUCCGCCAUCCCCGCCGCCCAAGGACCUCCCUCCACCGUCGUCGGGCGCCAAGGGCGGCUUCUACAGCAAGUCGUCGUCGAUCAAGCAGGCGCGCGAGUACAAGUCGACGCUCGCCGGCGCGCCCAACGCGACGUUCGAGGGCCGCCCGCUCCAGUGGCGCGACAAGGGGCAGGAGAUGGCCCGGUUGCGCAAAAAGGCGGCGACCGACAAGAGCUUGACGAUGCACCAGGUCGCGGUCGGCGCGGGCACGCUGGCGUGCCUCGUCCUCGUCGUCAUCCUGUGGGGCAGCUCGAGGGGCAAGAGCCCCAUCGUCAAGCACAUGCAGCGCCGAGAGCAGAUCCUCGCGGCGAGCUUGGCCCCGACACCGCCUCACGUCGCCAAGCAGCGAGCUGUCCGCAAGCACGACUCGUUCCGCGACGAGCUGAGCACCGACGCACGGUACCUCAUCAGCCCUCCUCACGGCGACUUUGCCGAGCAGACGAUGAACCUGUACCACCUCACGCACCUGUCGUCGGCCCUGUCGCGCAUCCCGAUCUCGCACCCGUUCCUCCUGCCCAAGGACCGCUCGACCGACACGACGCAGCACCCGGUGUCGACCAUCUUUGACAUGGCGCGGUUCGGCGCCGCGACGUCGGUCGCCGUCGUCGACUGGCACGACCUGCGGCCGCACGAGCUCGAGGAGGCCGGUACGACCGAGCAGCUCGGAUGCUGGGUCGGCCAGGUCGGCGACCGCGAGCGGGACGAGCGCGCCGACAAGAUGCGCCUGACGGGCCUCGACCCGAGCUUUGUGCCUGUGCGGCUCGCGCCGACCAAGAAGGACGGCGGCGCUGUCGGUGACGACCUCAAGGCCACGCACGCCUUCCUGUCGCGGUUCGACAAGGACACGUCGGCCAAGGCCGGGCUCAUCGACCAGGCCAAGCACGACGCGUCCAUCUCCAAGGCGGCCUCGGCGACGCCCGAGAACCACGUCUUCUGCAUCGACCACUCGCUGUACCGGCCCGAGCACCCGACGACCAAGCACUCGACGACGCACCUCGACCCACGCGAUCACACGGCGUGGUUCAAGCACGGCAAGCACUUGCACUUUGCGCCCGAGGUGCACGAGACGGCGGGCGACCUCGCGGCGCACCUCCUCGGGCACCGGCACCCGUUCCUCGCCGUGCACAUCUCGGCCCAGGCGCGUGCGAGCGAGUGCCGCCUCCUGAACCAGCCCGAGCGCUGCACGCCCAACCUCGUCGACUACCAGCGCGCCGUCGACCGCGUGCGGCACCUCGUCGCGACGGGCCAGGGCCGCAAGUCGCGCGAGCACCGCCACUCGGCGAGGAGCCUCAACGUCGUCGUCUCGACCGACGUGACCGACCUCGCCUUCCUCGGCGAGCUGACCAACCUCGGGUGGACGGUGCUCGACUACGACGACCUCGAGGUGCGCGAGCGCUUUGGCCGGUGGGACAAGGAGGUCAUGGACCAGGCGAUCGAGGCGCGCUCGGCAGGGUUUGUCGGGACGCGCGGGAGCGCGCAGAGCACGCUGUCGGCGCUCAGGGUGCGCACCUGGCGCCAGGGCCCGACCGAGCUGGUGUAGACGUCGGCGCCCGCUCGAGUAGACCGCGCACGACUUUUGUAACGACCUCCCUCUCUCUCUC